CCAUCCCAUGGAUGGAAUUCAAGGCGGAGAUCGCCUGUAAUUGAACGCUGAUAAGUACGUCGUCGUAAAGAGCCUCCUCCUGUGUUGAGCGCAUAAGGCUGGCUUUAAGCUGGCUGGGUAAGCGAGCUUGGUUUGAUCCUCGAAUGGAGUCUGAGUCUCCGCAGCAACCCGACCAUAACGCCGGCCCCGUGGAGUCCCCAGAGCCGCUGUCGAAGAAUGCCCGGAAGAAGUUGUUGAAGCAGCAAAGGUGGGAGGCAAAGAAGGCGGAGAAGAAGGCGAUGAUAAAGGAACACAAGAAGAGGGAAGCUGAACGCAAGAAAAGGGAGUGGGAAGAGAAACUUGGGAGCUUAGGGAGCGAAGAGGAGAGGCAGAAGCUCAUUGAGUCCAGAAAGGGGUUAAGAAAAGAGAGGAUGGAGAAGCGGUGCGAGGAGAAAGAGAGCAAGUUAGAGAGGCUGAAUAAUGCCAGAGUCAAUGGCCACAAUAUCGUUAUUGAUCUCGAGUUUUCCCAUCUCAUGAAUCCUGCUCAACUCAACAGCCUCGUUCAACAGAUUAUGUACUGUUAUGCUGUAAAUGGAAGAUGUCCAUGUCCUGCCCGUCUUUGGUUGACUGGCUGUCAAGGAGAAAUGCAGAGCCAACUGCAAAGGCUCCCAGGAUAUGAGAAGUGGGUAAUCGAUAAGGAGAGUCGCCCAUAUGUUGAAGCUUUCCAACAUCAGAAGGAUAACCUGGUGUACCUCACAGCUGACUCAGAAACCGAACUAGAUGACCUCGAUCCAAAGAAAGUAUAUAUUAUUGGUGGAAUGGUAGACCGGAAUCGGUGGAAAGGGAUAACCUUGAAGAAAGCAAAAGAUCAGGGCAUUCAGACAGCGAAGCUCCCUAUAGGGAAUUACCUUAAGAUGUCUAGUUCUCAGGUCCUCACUGUAAAUCAGGUGGUAGAGAUACUCCUCAAGUACCUAGAAACAGGGGAUUGGAAGGCUUCAUUCUUCCAGGUGAUUCCUCAAAGAAAAAGAUGUGGGACUGGGUCAGAAGACAAUGAACAUGAUACAGAAGAGGAGGUUGAUGGUGAGGGAGAUGAGCUGGAGAUGAAAAGGCAGUGCAUUGAAACUCAAGGGCCUUAACCAUGCGGGAGGUAGUUUUGCAUCAGAUUCUUCUUUGCUGUUCAAAAAUACUUGUAUUUAUUCAAGGAAGAAAGUUUUGCGGUCAAAUGAAGCUUACAGCAGGCAGAAUCUCCUUACUGUCUUUUCUCUUUCUUUUUUUUCCCCCCCUGAUUUGCUUGAAUAGGUUUAAAUGUCAUGGUUGAGGUGCUCAGUUGAGAUAAUUAAUGGAUAUCUAAGGCACAAGCAACUUUGCUUGGCUGGCAGAUGAAGGAUAUCAAGUCGAUUAACAGAUACAUAAUUCUUUAGUUGAAUUCUUUCUUGUUAAGAAUUCACUUUUACUUAAAGUUUCUUUUGAAGCUGCAAA